GCACAAUAUACGCUCACACUUGACAGAAGCGCGUGAGUGUACAAUUGCUUGGCAGCGGAUAAAAAGCAAAGCAAAGCCAGAAAGCAGCAAGGAUUUUGAUAAAAAGAGCAGAAAAAGGAAUGGAAAGGAAAGGAAGAAGAAGAAGAAGGACAGAGAAGGGAAAGAUGGUUUAGUAGUUAAACCCCAUCAUUGCUGCUGCUUCUAUUUUCUCUCUAACCAAACACACCCUUUCUAAUCAUCUAUUCUCUCACCAACACCACGCACAUUCUUUCUUUCUUUCUUUCUUUCUUUCUUUCUUUUCCCACCUUCCUUCACGUUUCCUUCCUUCACCUUUUCUCUUUCUUUCCUUCCGCUUUCUCACAAAUCCCAUAUGAAACUCUUGCUAUGUCCCGUGACUCCAACUCUACCUUCUUCGCUCUCUACCCUUUCUUCUCUUUUCAUCUCAUGAGUAAUCCUUUUUCUCUGUUUUGCUUCUAUUUUCUGCUCAAAUUUACCAUCACCACCAUCAUCAAGGAUCAUGCUGUCUCCGCAGCCCCUCCGUAACGGCGAGACCCCGUCGCCCCACCCGCGGAUCCCGCCUCCACACUUCCAUUCCACUGUAUCCGUACAGAAGCUCAAACGAUUCAACUCACUGAUUCUGGUGUUCCGACUCGCUACUUUUUGCUUCUCUCUCACCUCUGCUGUUUUCACGCUCACUAACUCCAGAGGAUCCGAUUCCCCUCAUUGGUAUGAUUUCGACGCUUUCAGAUACGUUUUCGCUGCAAAUGCAAUCGUCACUCUCUACUCUCUUUUCGAAAUGGCCGCCUCCGUCUGGGAAAUUUCCAGAGGCGCCACUCUCUUCCCCGAAGUUCUCCAAGUCUGGUUCGACUUCGGCCAUGAUCAGGUGUUCGCAUACCUGCUGUUGUCGGCUAACUCGGCGGGGACGGCGCUGGCGAGGACGCUGAAGGGCGGUGACACGUGUACGGUUAGCAAUGCAUUCUGCGUGCAAUCGUAUAUUGCGAUUUCCUUGGGAUUUGCUGGGUUUGCGUUCUUAGGGUUAUCGUCCUUGCUCUCGGGUUUUCGGGUCGUAUGUUUUAUUAUCAACGGCUCUCGAUUUCAUCUUUAGAUUUUGAUUAGAUGGAGACUUUAGAAGAUUUUUUAAACUUUUUUACUUUUGGCCGUGUGAGAUAGGGGACUGAUACGGUGUGACAGUGUGUCGUAUUGUAAUUUUCUUUUCUUUUUUUUUUUUCAGUUUGUACUUUUUUAUGACUGGUGUACAUGGGAUUUUUUUUUUCUGUAUUCUUUCUUUGUGUAUUAUUUUACUAACUAAUUAAUUAGCUUGAAGAUCUUGCAAAUUUUAAUUAA